AUGGCGGCAAUGCAUCAGCAGCAUCCGCGUGAUAAGCGCGUGGCCAAGAUUCAUGAGGCGAUCCGUCUUGGCAACUUCAGUCAAGGGCUGACCCUCAGCCAGCAGACCCUCAAAAAGGAUCCCGGCAACAAGCAUGCAUUGGCCUUCAAGGCUCUCUCUCUCCGUUGUCUGGGCAAGCAUUCCGAGUGCGAGGAGAUUCUCGCCCAGUUUACGGAUGAAGAUAUUCACGUCGAUCACGUUCGCGUACUCGAGCAAUGCUACCUCGAAGUAGAUGACAGCGAAAAUGUGCUGCGACUCUUUCGCGUCUUGGCCGAGAAAAUGCCCAAGGAUGAAGAAAUGCAGAUCCAAUACUUUAUGCGCCUAAGCAUCUGGCGCCAGCACAAGCUGGCUCAGGCCCAGGCCACCAACCUGUUCAAACUCUUCAAGAAGCAGCAGUUCCAAGACUGGGCCAUCAUGUCUCUUUAUCUACAGACCUUGGACGAAAAAACCCUUGCCCUCUACUGCAUGGUUCUGGAUGCUACGGCGCAGCCCAAGGCGCUGCUCGAGCUUCUGGAUCGCGACACCCGUGCGGAGCUGGGCAAUGGACAACUCUUGCCGCGAGGUCGAGACCGUGUUGGCAAGCUGAUGGCCGCCCUCAAGGGUAGCCAGCAACACGCCCAGCUCAAUGCUGUGGCUCAGGAAAACUUGGCAGCCCUGCCCGAUGACUGGGUGUCUUAUCUGCACUAUCUCGACUCGGCCUUUGCGCUCGCGGAGCCUGCUGCCUCGGCCGGUGAUGCCACUGAUGACACCGCCGACGAGGCAUCCUACCAUAGUUCUGAAUUUAAGCCACACACGCAGUUUGCUGAUGUUCAGGCUCACCUCGAGAAGCUGGCCCGUCAGGAAUUUGCCAAGUCUGGUCCUUGUCGUGGGCCCUUUCUGGCUCUUCUCGAGUUUCACCAGCGCCGUGGCAAUCCUUGGACCGAUGUCGAGCCAGUUCUGGAACAAUAUCUCGAAAAGUUUGGCUCCAAGCUCUGCUGCUUUCCGGAUCUGCAAUCUUACUUGGACCGCCUGUUGGAUAGCGGUCAUACCGCGCAGUUUUUGGCGACAGUGGCCAGCUCGCUGCAGGCAGCAGAGGCACGACAGGAAUCGAGCGUCAAACUGGCGCUGCGCCGCGGUCAAGAACGCAUGUUCCAGCGUUAUUGCAGCUCACUUGCCAGUACGGAGGAGCAGUUCUCAUCCCUGACGGCCGAGUACAUUGAGACGCUCCCGCUUGGAGCCGAUCUUCAGUCUACAGAACUCCAAUACGCCGAUACGUUUGCUCUCUUGGCCGCGCACGUCGCCCUGGAUCUCUUCGCUGCCCAAGUCUCAUACACAUCAACCCUGGCAGGCGAGCACACAACGUUGCUUCGGGCCGUGCACUUGCUGGAGUUUGCGCUCACCAAAUCCUCAGCGUCGUCUCAGCUGCGGCUGUGCCUUGUGCGCAUCUACUUGUUGCUGGGUGCGGGCGCAUCGGCGUUGACACAUUGGCGCAUGCUCGACAUCAAGUCCAUUCAGCACGAUUCGAUUGGAUAUCUCAUGUUGGAGACUUUGCCCCGUAUUGGCGGCUGCGAGCAAGCACUGGGGCUGGCCAACGAGGGCCUUCGCUUUCUCAGUGGUGCGGAAGCGUCAGCUCAAGAGGCUCUGACGCGGGCCUUCCAGCACAACACCUUCCCCAUGAUUGAGGAAUUUUAUCACAUGCUGCACAAGCUGUCAAAAUCAACAAUGGCGACAAGCUCGACCUGCGAUGCCCUUCGCAUCCAUUUCAUGACCAAUGCCAAAACGUUGACAGAGAUGCAAUCGGGGUUCGACUUGGUUGUCGAAGACAUGCCCAGUGACGAGGUGCUGGCAUCCAACGGCCUUGCAGACAACCGCCAGUUUGAGGUGAUGGACGACUUUGUCCGUUCGACUCGAUCGGUUGAUGCCGCGUACGUCAAGGAGCUCAAUGCGCGUUAUUUGCGAUUCCGGUGUCGAUUGCUGCGUGUCCUGGAGCGUACCGUGGAUGAUAAUGUGGACAAUUUUGCCGAGGACAUGACUGCUUUGGUGGCUGAUCUGGCCCAGGUUGACCAGCAUCAAGCGUCAUUGGCAGCAGCCGCGACCAGCGAGUUUGUUUAUCCUUUCACGGCCGUGUACGACAUGCCCGAGAGUGGUUGCAAAGGGGAUGCGCUCACUGAGCUGGUGUCUCGCGUGGGCGAUGCAGCGCGCGCCUUGAGCCAGGGCUAUGAAGCGGUAGCAAAGCAGCUAAAUCAGCGUCUAGCUGCUUUGGAAGCGGCAACGCUUCCCUCAUCGGCAGAUCUGGAGGUUGCUGUGGAUUCCGCCGAGAUCUUGGCUAGCUAUCGCUUGAUCGUGCUGCGGAUCUUGAAGCGCUUGGAACUGCCCGAGUCAGUGCCUAAGCCACGACGCAAGACGGUCACUGCUGUGCGCGAGGCAGUCACAACGGCAAUCGCGACGACGGUGGAUCUGCUGGUCGAGCUUCGCGACAAGGCGGCUAACAUUAACAAAACCUGGUUGUCGACGCGGUCGGAGCAAACCUUUGAGGUGCAGCUCCCGGGUCUGACAGAGGGUCCUCAAUGGCAAACCUCGAUGAUCCGAGCCAUCUACGCGUCCAUCCACAACAUUUGCAACGCGCAAGUCGGAUACGCCGCGGUCACUGGAUCCAAAAAGUCAUCCCGAGUCAAUGACUGCCACCAGAGAGCGCGCGCCAAGAUUGGCCUUCGCGACAUCAAUGAUUGUCCCGUCGCCGUCUCGGGUGCGCGGGGUGGCUUUUCCCAACUCAUUUUUCUCAAGACUGCACUGGGGCCCUUCAUUUUCGCUCUGUCACUGGCCAUCAUGACCAAGCAGACCACAACGACCAUUCCCGCCUCGGGCGUGCCCGAGGCUCCGCCGUUACCGAAUCAAACACGCACCGCUGUCCUCAAGACACCACAGCGACCCGCAACGGCGCCACUCACAUCCUCCAACGACUCGGCCAGCGUCUUUGCUUUGGCCGCACAGGUGGCUCGCAGUCGGCGUCAGACGCGCGAGGCACGCCGAGCCUCCAUGCUGCGCAAGAAGCGGCGUCCCGCCUGCCUCUGCCACGCCGACGGUGUUUGGUCAGCAGAUGCCAUCAGCAGCACGUCUUGCUCGAGCGACACGGACAGUGACAGCGACACGUGCUCCGACUCUGAAUCCAACGUCGAUGCUACAUCCAUCCUCAGUUUUGCGCUACAGCAUGACAUCUUCAGCGACGCGUGGGAGCCGCCCAAAUGCUGUUCUUGUACCGCUGCCGGUUCCGACUCGGCCGACUCGGCCGCAGCAGCCACAGCUAGCGCAGCUGAGCACCAGCUUUCAUGUUUGGUCUGCUUUGAAGACAUUGCUGCUGGCUCCUCGACCCUUCAUUACACCUGCCAACACGGACACACCGUCUGCUCGGGGUGUCUGACCCGCUGCCUCGGCGUGCGCGCUGAGGAUAACAAUCACUUUGUCAACCCUUUUCAGUGUCCUGGCCACUGCCAAGAGUCCAUUCCCAUUACCACAGUGCGGAAAGCCGUCCAUGCACGUGACUUUGACAAGCUGCAGGAUCUGCACACGCGCUUUCUCAACCCGUCCACUACGAGUUGCCCGGCGUGUCACGUCGCCGUUGACGUGGGAGCAGCCUUCCCGGCUCUGGAAUGUCCCUCCUGCCAUCUCAGCUUUUGCGCUUAUCACGGCUUGGAUCAUGCUGGCGCGCCGUGCCGACCUCCACGCGAAUCACUGGUGGCACGACUGCGCACCAAGAUUUGGCUCUGGCGCACCACCCGCAAGUGCCCCAAUUGCUUGAAUCGCAUCGAGAAGAAUGGCGGUUGCCCUCACAUGACCUGCCGUUGUGGCUACGAAAUGUGCUGGAACUGCGGCGGCGCCUACUAUCGUUAUGGCCGAAGUGGCCAUGACCAACAGCUGUUCCCCAAGCUGAGCGAGCUCAAAUUCCAGUGUAACUCGGCAAAAAUGUGGAGCCUGCGCGUGCUUGCUGUGCUGGGCAUUGUUCCAGUGGGAGCCGUUUAUCUCAGUGGCAAAUACCUGGUCGUUUAUCCCCUCCUUUGUGUCACCGUGGGAGGUCUUGUUUCUCUGCGCGCCGUCCGCCGACGUUUGCACCGUCGCGCACUGCGACGUGAGCACGCAGCCCGAGCUCGAGGGGUGCGUCCCGGACAUGCUUUGCUUGCAGUGUGCAUUUGA